AUGGCGAGCACCAGCGACGAGGACCAUCUCCGCUUGGCGUCCAUCGACAAGAAGCCCAUUCCACGGCAAAACACGUCGCUCGCAUUCAUCCAGAGCAAGCUCCGCCGGUUUAGUGGUGGUCCAUCUGGAGGCAAGACUUUGUCCGCAGUAGACAUCAAGGGCCCCCUUGGUUUAACCCUUCUUCACGAGCCAUCAGAACCUCGGAUUGACUUCAUCUUCGUACACGGCCUGUUCGGGGGAUCUAGAAGAACAUGGAGCUAUUCUCAAGAGCAGGGCAUGUUUUGGCCCAAAGAGUGGUUGCCAAACGAGGUUGGGUUUAGGCACAUCCGAUUACACAGCUAUGGUUACAACUCGGGCGGGUCAAUGAGGGAAAGUUUACUCACUGUACAUGAUUUUGCCCAAGCUUUGCUUGCCGAUAUCUACAACUCACCAGAGUUGCGUAAGAAUGGUGACGCUUACUUGUUGGCUCUUAACGACUCGAUCUACAAAAGGAUAGGCAACCGAAUUCAUACAACGUACUUCCUUGGGACACCCCAUCGCGGUGCCGAUUUAGCCCAGAUUCAAACCAACGACGAAUUCCGCCAUGUUUGUAACAACCCACACCUUUGGUCCUUCUUUGAGGGGGCACCGACAGUUUUCGGCCCCCUAUCCUCGCUUGUGGUUAAGAAAGAGUCGGCGAUACUCGGGCUGCCCGGGGAACAUAUCCAAGCAUCGUCCCGAUACCGUUCUUUGGCGAUCAACGAAAAGCAGCAUCAAGGUUCCUGUCAGUGGUUGACCGCCGACGAGGUAUUUCAACGUUGGAUCAAUGGCCCAGACCGUACAAGAUACGCGGGUCCUCCGCAACAAACGUCUUCCGAAAUCGAAGAAGACGUCAAGAUCCUAUGGCUCACAGGCCGGCCUGGUACCGGCAAGUCCGUGGUCUCUGGUCACGUUGUUCGAUAUCUGGAGGAUUGCAACCUUGAUUGCAGUUUCUACUUCUUCCGGCACAGCGACAACGCCGGGUCCACCAUUGCAGCAUUGCUUCAGUCACUUGCUUUCCAGAUGGCGGAAUCGAGCUAUGAAGUCCGGCGCGCAAUCGUCUCCCUGAUUGAGGAUGGCGUACGGCUGAGCCAUGGCGAUCAUCACAUGCUGUGGACCAAGCUUUUUGUCUAA